AUGUUAUCUGUUGAUAAUGAAGAAUUACCAUCAGAAGAAGAAGCCUUACAAGCUGCUAUUCAAAGAAAUUUAGAGUUUUCUUUAUAUAGAAAUCAAAGAGUAGAACAAUUAUCUAAUAUUCUUAAAUCACAAUUACCCCCUCAAGCUUUAUAUAAUACUCAAUCUCAUCAUAAAAUAGAAUUUAAGAAAACUCAAGGAAAAGCAACUAGACCUUUAACUGAUUGUAAAGCAUGGAUUACUUUAAAACAAGUAUCUGUACAAAAAUUGCUUAUAUGUUGUCCAGAAAACUUACCUCCUCAGUAUUAUGAAACUUUUGAAAACUAUGAAGAAGAAGUUUUAUGA